ACAACAAAAAAUAUAGCUGUAGCCAGAAUCAGCCCGAGUCCACCUAGAUCCAGAUGAUGCUUUUCUGAGUAUUUAAUCUUGUCACAAAUCCACGGAAAUUUUUUCUGCAGCCAAAUUUGAGCUUCAUCAUUGAUCUCCAGUGAGAUCAUGAAACAACGAUGCCCACCUGGUAUUAGAAUAAGGAAUUGAAAGAGCGUUGCUCUAACGAGGAGAUGCUGAGGCGAAAACGCGUGCUCUUGGUGCUCGCCACGCUGUUGUUGCUGCUGGGCUACGUCCUGUACCCACGGGCUACACAGCUGGGAACAACACCAGCACUUUUUGAGCCAAACAAAAACGAGGAUUUCAUAUCAUAUGUAUUAAACGACACGACGACCACCACAGAAGCGCAGCGCCCUCCGGGACUGGCGCAGGCGUUGGAGGUCUUCAUCAUCAUGACCAACUUGAAAAGCAGGAGCAGCCUGGGCCCCAAUUUCCGCCGCUUUUUUGCUUCUCUCACGGAGUACGCUUCAAAACCAAUCAACCUGCAUGUUAUUUGCGACCAAGAUUCCAGAAACUUUUUGACUGAAUUCUCCAACUCGACUGAUUUUCAGCAAUCAAAAAUACCUGUUAAGUUUAUUUUCUAUGGUGCGAAAGAGGCGUCAGAAAAGGCGAGAGACGUGGUGGUGGCCAUGAAGCCGCACUUCAGCUCCUCCUCAGGCAGCUACUACAGCGAUGACCUUUUCUUUUUGUCCCUCGGCCUGCACCAAAUCUCAACUCUAAACCAAGUUCUUCUCAUCGACAUCGACGUCCAGUUCCGGGCCGACAUUGUCCUGCUCUUUCAGUUCUUUGAGAUGUUCAAUGAUGAUCAAAUGUUCGGCCUCGCCCCAGAGCUCUCGCCUGUCUACAAACAUGUGUUUUCCAAUUACCUGAAAAAGCUGAAAGACAACCCCCAAAAAAUUGGUGAGCCCGACAUCGAGGAAGGCUACGCUGGCUACAACAGUGGUGUUGUCCUUCUUGACCUUGAGAAGAUGCGUUUGUCUGCUUUUUAUGAGACUGUCAUCUCACCUGACAGCGUCAAGGAGCUGGCCGGGGAGUUUGAGUUCAAAGGCCACUUGGGUGACCAGGAUUUUUUCACCCUGAUGGGCAUCAAGAGUCCGGAGCUGAUUUUUAAGCUGCCGUGCGCGUGGAACAGGCAGAUGUGCCAGUGGUGGCGUGAGCACGGUUACGCCAAGGUUUUUGACCGCUAUUUUGCGUGCGAGGGAAAGGUGAAAAUUUAUCACGCCAACUGCAACUCAAACAUUCCAGAAAAGUGAUUGUGAUUUGUGCCGCGAGUGUUUAUAGGUCCAAUAAUUUUGGCAUUCGCUUCUCUUUACUCAAAUACGCUCAAGACCUGAAUUUUGCAACGCAUGACUAAAAUACAAAACUGUUAUUUAAGUCAGAAUAUUUUUAGGUACAGAUAAUUUAACUUUUUUAAGUUAAUGAUCAUGAUUAAAAAUGUUACAGUUUAAAAAUGUGCAAUAUUUAAUUAGUAACAAAAAAAUGAAUAUCAAAAUAAAUUUGAAUUUUUUCACACUGACUAGGGAAGAUUUUCUAGAUUUAGUUAUUUCUACCAGCCUGUUGGCUCGCAUUAUUAAUGCUCUCUUAACAGUAGCAAGACAAAUCGGAAAUAUUUGACCGUUUUGUAAAAAUCUAAUAUUGGCUGCCCAAUGUCAGAGAUGGCAAAAGGUGGUUACUUUAUUGACUCAAAACGCUCAAAUAGCACCUUUUCAGUGGCAUUAGGGGCAAAUGCCUGGCGUUUCAGUAAAAGCCAUCAGUGCGUGGUGGCGGAAAGAUGGAUACCGAUUGGGUCCAAGCUCCUCUGCGGCCACUCGGGCCCCAUAUUAUCGGCUAAACAGGAUUAUUGGGACCCAGUGAGCUUAUAGCCGGAUGUGCUGAGCAGAGGUGUAAAAAUCUCUUGGUAUGUGUCGCUUGUGAAUGCUUUCGCUAGUCAGUGUGAGUAAAUUCUAAUCAUUUUGAUUUUUAAGAUUUGUUUUUGAUACGAAUGACAUGGAAGUGAUAAUUUUCAUAAUUAUCGUAUAGAUUUUAUUUUUAGUACUAAUUUCUAGUUUUAAAACCCUUGUUUUGUAACUUUCAGGAAGUUGGAUUUUCCAGCUUAAGUUUUCUUCAGCUGUCAGGUAUGGGUUGAAUUUGUCUGACAACCCGAAAUUCUGAUUUUAAAAGCUUGCAUUUAUGAGAAUCUCAGUUAUCGAUGGCAUAUUCACUGUUUAAUGAAUGGUUAAAAAGAAUGGACCGAUUGUAGAUUAAUAUAAUCUAGUCUUUGUGGGAAAUUUCAACAACAAAAAACCAUGUGAACUAUAUCGUCAACUCAAGAGUCGUAUUUUAUUUAAAAACAUGUAUGGAAAAUGACUUAAUCAUGUGGAGAUCAUGGUGCCAACAGAGUAUGAGACAUAAUUUAAUAUCAGUAGUGCAUCACUUUGUUAAAUUUGUUACAAAAUAAAUUUAUGUGAAAACUA